UUUCCCUUUACAUUUAUGAGAAGCCACAUGUUGUUACAUCUGACGAAGACGUGUGCAACACCUUUUGACAGCAAUCCAGUUAAAUUGGUGCCAGUUUUAUUAUGUAUAUAUGCUGCUGCCGCCUCUGCUACCUAGAUGUAAAUGAGAUGUGAAUAAACAUGUCUUCAGAGCAUCAGCCGCCGCGACUAGAAAAUAUUUUAAAGAACCACAAAAGGGGAUUAAGGCACGACUAUGAUGUGUUCCUGAGUAAAUUAGGGAGUCCCAAUAUUUCGUCUGCAGAGUUGAAGUCAUAUAUUCAGUCCCUGAGGGAUUGUAUCACUUUCCUGGAUAAAGAUCAUGAAAUUCUUGUAGGAGUUCUGUUGAAAGUGGAUUGGACGAGAAGGGAGUCUGCUGUUGUCCUAGAGUAUCAGGCCCUUCUACACAACCUUGUAUCCGCACACACAUACUAUCUACGGGCAGGGCUUCGCAUGCUUGUCAAACACUUCCUGCCAAAAAUCACGGAGAAUUUCAAGGACUCCUCAUCAGACAGUGUGGUUUUGGACAGCCAACAACUUCAGGAUCAUGAGACAAGCUUCAUCAACGUCCAUUUGGUGAUCAAGGCCAUAUCUAACAUUGUACCAAUGAGCCCGACAGUAUUGACGCCACUCCUCAGUGACUACUUCCCUUACAUGACCAAGGACAAGUAUUUACAGGAGUGCUAUGUCAAAAAUCUCCUUCAGAUCACCCAUUAUAUGCCCCAGCAGCGACUGGCCAUACUCGAACUCAUCGUGGACCGGAUGCUCAAACUAGAUGUACGGUCACCCAAACAUGAGAUAGCAGAAGCUGAGGACAAUAUGGAAGAGGAAAAUGACAUCAUAUUUGAUAUGGAUGAUCCCAGUUCCACACAGGAAGUAUUAUCAACGGAUGCUGGAUAUCGCAGUGGAUGCUUUGAGAUUAAAUCUGCCAAGCCUAUGAAUCACAAAGAAGCAGAACGUCUUGAUGUAAUGAUGGACCUAGUGCUGAAAUACAUUCAACAAACAUGUUUCCAUGAGGGUCAGUUAAAGUGGGAUGAUACUAAGAAACUGUACCGAGAAUUACUGCUGGUGUUCGAGCGCCUCAUUCUACCGACUCACGCCUCCUGUCAUGUCCAGUUCAUCAUGUUUUCCUUGUGUGCCAUCAAACAGCCAAUCUGUGAAGGAUUUUUAGACUUUCUAUGGAAGAAAGUGCAGGAUCCUAACACUGAGGGUGUUUACCGUCAGGCUAGCGUUUCCUACAUUGGAAGUCUGUUGUCUCGAGGACUGUUUGUACCAAUCAGCACUGUGAUGGCCUGCCUUGGGUUGAUGUGUGAUUGGGUACACAAGUACCUGGACCAGGUGGGCAGCUGUGUGCAUGCGGAUGUGAGCCACCACGGACCUUUUUAUUCUGUGUGUCAGACAAUUUUCUAUGUAUUUGUAUUUAGAAGUAAAGAGCUACUUGAAAUGAAGAAGGGCUACAAAUGGGCGGAGGGUUUAAAUUUCCAGAGAAUCGUGACGAGUCGUCUCAAUCCUCUCCGAGUGUGUUUGCCUGUUAUAGUGAAAUCGUUUGCAUCCGUGACCAGAACACAUCAGUUAGCUUUCUGUGAUACAAUAAUAGAGAGAAACUUUCGUUGUUUCCUACCCUCGUCUACAGGAAAAGCAGACCUACUCAAUGAAGCAUUUCCAUUUGAUCCUUACAUAUUGCACAGGUCAAGAAAGUUCAUUGUACCACAUUACAGAGAAUACCAAGGCAACGUUGUACAGGAGGACAAUGAUACAGAAGAUGAAGAGGAUGAUUUUAUAACAGAUGACAUCAUGUCCGUGAAGGAUUCUAUCCCAGUGUUAUCGGUGGGCAAAUCUCCGACAGACUUCAUGGCAUACAGUGUGUCUCCAGGAUUUAAACAGACACUGGAAUGGCCACAGAGCAUGGAAGGAUAGUAACAAAUAAAUACUGGAAUAUGUGUGUUAAAAUGGGCCAAGUCUGUAACUAAUGGAUUGGGGUGAUCCGAACAGACAGGGAGAUUGAUGGAAGAGAGAGUGUAAGUGUUUGGAAGAGCCAGCAAGUUUGAUGGAUUGGAAGGGGUGAUGGAACAGCCAGGAAGUUUGAUUGAUUGGAAGGGGUGAUUGGAACAGCCAGGAAGUUUGAUUGAUUGGAAGGGGUGAUUGGAACAGCCAGCAAGUUUGAUGGAUUCGAAGGGGUGAUGAAACAGCCAGUGAGCUGGGAAGAGCCAACAAAUUUGAUGGAUUGAAAGGGGUGAUGGAACAGCCAAUAAGUUUGAUUGAUUGGAAGGGGUGAUGGAACAGCCAGCAAGUUUGAUUGAUUGGAAGGGGUGAUUGGAACAGCCAGCAAGUUUGAUGGAUUGGAAGGGGUGAUGAAACAGCCAGUGAGUUUAGAAGAGCCAAAAAAUUUGAUGGAUUGAAAGGGGUGAUGGAACAGCCAGGAAGUUUGAUUGAUUGGAAGGGGUGAUUGGAACAGCCAGGAAGUUUGAUGGAUUGGAAGGGGUGAUGAAACAGCCAGUGAGUUUGAUGGAUUGGAAGGGGUGAUGAAACAGCCAGCAAGUUUGAUGGAUUGGAAGGGGUGAUGGAACCGCCAGUGAGUUUGAUGGAUUGGAAGUUAAAUGACUUGUUGGAGGUUGGAUUGGAAGAGCUAGAAGGCUUGAAUGAUCAAAGAGGGUGUCUGUAACUGUAAGUGAAUAUAUUUGGGAUGGCUGAAAUGACAAAUUUACUUCUAAAUGAAUAUUAAAGUAUUAUGUUAGACCUGAACCGGUUGUGUUCUAGAAGAUAAGUUACACAUGUUAUUUAUAAUAAAGAUUUACGGUAAGAUAACUGCAUGGAAAACAACUUACCACCUUAAAUGUUGAUGAUAUGAAUUAAAGGGAUAUUUGCUGUUUGGAUUUGAAAUAUUUAAACAAUAAUAUGAUUUAUAAAAAAAAAGUACAGAGUUAUCUUUGUAUGUUCUUAAUUAAUAUAGAAAUUGUAUGCCUACAAAAAAGAUAUUUUGAUACUGACUAUAGCUUCAAAUGUCAUCAGAAACAGUAAGUAAAAGGUACAGAUCAUCAAGAAUUUUCACAGCUUGUGGAAUAUCCCUUUAAUUUCUGGAGCAAUUCAACUUUA